AUUACCCAACACGCGAGAACAAUGCGUAGAGAAGGCACCAUUGAUUAUACGGAAGAAUACAACCGGUUCAUGGCCCGGUUGGAGGCAUUCCACCAAAAGCAUGGUACAACUCUGAAUCGCGAGCCAGUGCUGGGUUCGCAACGCCUGGACUUACUCAAGGUUUACAAACUCGUCACGGCGCAUGGAGGCUGCGAAAAGGUCACAGCUGAGCGUGGAUGGAAACGAAUAACGCUUCCAUUCAACUUUCCACCAACAUGCACGAACAGUGCUUAUGUGAUGAAGAGUGUGUAUGUCAAGAAUUUAGAACUGUUUGAACAGGAGGAUUUCUUUGGAAAAGAAGUGCCUGUUAAUAAGGACCUUAUUGAGUCUAACAUUUCGCGUUCACGUGAAGCAUCACAGGCGCCAUCUACUAAACGUGGUCCUUACAUGACUUCUCAGAUGAAACAGCAACUUCAACAACAGCAAAUCCAGCAGCACCAUCAGUCGCAACAACAACAUCCGAUCCCACAUCAAGUUCAGCAACAGCCUCCAGUACCACAACAACCUAUUCCCCAACCAACACAAUCUGUACCCCAGGCAGCACCUGCGGCAGCAGCAGCAGCAACGACAGUUGUGCAGCCAGCACUCCGGCCAUCCAACUUUUUAGAAGGGUAUUAUAUUGAUGGAGGACACCAGAACAGGAUUCUUCUUGCUCUCAAGUCAGAGUUACCUAAUGAGAUUGAUUGGGCAUUCAGCAGACUUAUCUCAUUAUCAUUCGAAUGGAACGAAUUUUCGCUCAAUAUGAUUCCAGGGCUCUUGAAUGAACUGCUGUCUUUUGCCCAGCCCUUCUUUGACUGGUGGACAUCGCUGGAUUCAAAGGAAAACGAGGUUGCCAUGGACGAGGACCUAUUAAGCAUCAGUGGCACACACAAUAUGGAGCGUAUCCUUCAAGUCUUUCAUAUCUUGCGAAACCUUUCCUUCCUCGAUCAAAAUGUUAUUAUCUUGACGGAACAUGUAGCUUUUCGCAAAAUGCUUCAACAGGGUCUAUCAAUGCCCUCGUCUACACAACUUAAUGAGCUUAGGAUUUACUGUCUCGACACACUGGAGUGCUUAAGCAUUCAUAUUACAUUGCGUUCUAAAUUCGACCCUUACUUGCGAGAACUUCACAGGUUGCUUCAGACGAACGAUAAGGCGAUGAUUCUUGGAAGUCUUCGUGCAUUAACACGGCUGGCUGCAAAUGAGCACAAUGAAAAGAUAUUAAGUGACAUUGACCCAGAGAUUAUUGACAGGAUAUCACAGCUCCUAUUGAUUCAGGAUGAGGAAUUAAUUGGAGCCACCUUGGACUAUCUUUACCAAUUCUCAAGUUUCCAUGGGGACGCUGCUGUUCAGAUCGCUAAGAAUUACCCAGGAAAUAUUAUCUCUGUGCUCGUGCAAUUCUUGUCAUGGGGUAGUCUCAAGUCGUUACCUCCCCCUAUUACGGUAGACCCAGCACAACAAAUCCUCCAUGAACCAUACCGCGCCUUACACUGGCUCCAAUCUAACUUCGAAAGCAAUCCACAGGCGUACAUCUAUGAAGGUGAACUCUUUAAACUCUAUCAAACAAAAUUUAUCAAUCAUGGACCCAUGUUACGUUCAGCCGAUCUCGUAACAGUAUCUCGAGUUGGAUUCCCAAAGAUGGAGACGAGCUUUGUCCAAGAAACAGAGGGUGCACCGCCCAUUCAAGUCAUCAAAGGCAUUGCCAAAAAGCAUUGGGUCGACUUUUCUGGCGCCGAUGACAGGAUUAUUUGUAGAUGGAUUGGAUGUCAAACUGUGGUCGCAACAGAGGCAGAACUAUUUAAGCAUGCAGUUCAAGAGCAUAUAUCUCCUGGAAUGGGGCUUUAUACUUGCCAAUGGCUCAGUUGCCGGCGUUUUACAACCCCAACACAUGGCCGCCAGCAGGUGAUCAAACACCUAAAAACGCAUUUCCCGCUCACACCUUCUGUCAAACCAUUUUCGAAUCGACCUCGUUGGUUCGAUAUGCGACCCAAUGUUCUAGAGGUCCCUGGUCGUGAACUGGCAGGUAUCCCGUUGACAGCAGUUUUUGUUCUUAGAAAUCUAUCAAGGCAGAAGCGGAAUCAAAAGCUCUUUCUUCCAUAUGAAGAGAGUUUAACUAGAAUCAUGGGCGAGUUCCCCAGAAUGGCGGCAUACAUUGUAGACAUUCUGACUUAUUUGCGGGUCGGAUAACAUUCGACAAAUCCAUAUCAAUCCGCGCUUACCAGGACUGGAUUCCAAAAAGCGUCUAUACAGCAUCAAACAAUCAUCAUAAUAAACUUGCUC